GAUGUGACGUCAUCUAAUACGUAGAAUUUAUGCGCCUCCUGAAAAAUCCACGAGUUCUUUCGGGCUGUUUUAAUCAGCAGUGUGAGGUCUUCGAACUCGGUAUUCUCAUAGAAAAUCAAAAUUAGAGACAUACAGAACUCAUAAAGGAGUGUUCUCAAGAAAGGAGAAUGUCGAAUUUCUCUUCUCUCGGCCUGUCAGAUUGGUUGAUUCAACAAUGUAAACAAAUGGGCAUUACAAAUCCAACUCCAGUCCAGGAGAGCUGUAUGCCAGCAAUUCUAGAAGGUCGUGAUUGCAUGGGCUGCGCCAAGACUGGAAGCGGCAAGACCGCUGCUUUUGUCCUGCCAGUUUUACAGAAACUGUCAGAGGAUCCUUACGGAAUCUUCUGUUUGGUGCUGACACCUACCAGGGAACUGGCUUAUCAGAUCGCGGAGCAGUUCAGGGUUCUGGGAAAACCCCUGGGCUUGCGGGAUUGCAUCGUUGUAGGGGGAAUGGAUAUGGUAACCCAGGCCUUGGAGCUCUCCAAGAAGCCCCACGUUGUAGUUGCAACUCCAGGAAGACUUGCGGAUCACAUUCGCAGUUCCAACACCUUCAGCAUGAAAAAAAUCAAAUUUUUGAUUUUGGAUGAGGCUGAUCGUCUCCUCGAGCAAGGAUGCACAGAUUUUACAAAAGACUUGGAGGUCAUCCUGAGUGCAGUUCCCGCCAAGAGACAAACUCUGCUGUUCAGUGCCACACUCACAGACACCCUCCAGGAGUUGAAAAGUAUCGCUUUGAACAAACCAUUCUUCUGGGAGAGCAAGUCAGAGGUACGCACUGUGGAUGAGUUGGACCAAAGAUAUAUCCUUACCCCUGAAAAAGUGAAGGAUGCAUAUCUGGUUCAUCUGAUUCAGAAGUUUCAAGAUGAGCAUGAGGACUGGUCCAUCAUGAUUUUCACCAACACAUGCAAGAAUUGCCAAAUUCUUACAAUGAUGCUACGUGAAUUCAAUUUCCCUGCCAUCUCCCUUCACUCGAUGAUGAAGCAGAAACAACGUUUUGCCAACCUUGCCAAGUUCAAGUCCAGUGUCUUUAAGAUUUUGAUCGCAACAGAUGUCGCCGCAAGGGGUCUAGACAUCCCAACAGUCCAGGUUGUCAUCAAUCAUAACACACCAGGCUUGCCUAAGAUAUACAUUCACAGGGUUGGUCGAACUGCCAGAGCAGGACGUCAUGGUGUUUCUAUCACUCUGGUGACUCAGUAUGACAUCCACUUGGUCCAUUCCAUUGAGGAGCAGAUCCAAGCAAAACUGAAGGAGUAUCCAGCGGAAGAGAGUGAAGUUCUGAAGAUCCUCACUCAAGUCAACGUGACCAGACGGGAGUGUGAAAUUAAACUGGAAUCAACAGAUUUCGAUGAGAGGAAAGAAAUUAACAAAAGAAAACAGAUGAUUUUGGAAGGGAAAGACCCUGACCUGGAGCAGAAGAGAAAAGCUGAACUGGAGCGGAUCAGAAGUGAGAAGAGGAAGUUUAAGGAGAGGAUUCAGGAGAGCAUCCAGAGGAAGCAGAAUGUGAUGCUCAGAAAGAAACUGCAGAAGAAAAAACAGGGUCAAAAGAAAAAAGCAGUGAUGAAGAACACAACCUGAGGACUAGCCCCACAGAUUAUUAGCACAACUAAUUUUUUUAGGAGUUGGGUUUUCAAGGACUGUCAGUGGGAAGUCUGUCCUGUAAACUCCAGAACACUUUGAUUCAUACAAGAUAAAUGCUAAACAGUUUGUUCAGUCUACUGUAAUAUUGGUGGGGGACAUCAGUGGCUUCAUACAGUGACAUCAUGUUAUGCUGUUAUUAAAUUAUGACUUUCACAACCACAAGGUUUACAUAGACAAAGAGAAGCAACCUUUAUUUUGAGAAUUUCAAUCACUUUACAGGAAUGAGAUCAGUGUUACACGGUGAGCUGUUGUUUUUGAUCUUUAAAAAGAUUCCAUAGCAAAAAAGACAACACUCCACAUUCCUGAUAUAUUCACUCAUUUCAUAACUCUCAAAGCAAGAACUACAAAACAAUUUCUUAAAGCUCACUCAGAAUUGAAGCGGAGAAAGGGGCCUGUGCUGUACCUGUUCUUCAUGAGGUUGCUUUUCUUGUCCUGCUCAAAUCCAGCAGCAGAGAUAGCACCUUACACGUCUGAGGCAUGUUAGGCAAUGCUCUCCAUACUCCGGCAGGUCUGCAGCCAAUCAGCUACUCUAUACUUCCUACUGAUUCCCAGGUCUACCGUUACACUGGGCAGUUCCCAUUGUCCCUUACAUUCUAUAGAAUUAAGGGCUACUGAAGUGCCACUCCAAAUCAUAAACUCUGGCCAUCUUUGUAAAAGGGACAUCAAGGUGCAAAAUCAAAGUGCUGCCAACUGCCAACAAGAUACCCAUUAAAUGGCUGUCUGUUUA